AUGGCCACACGCUCGUCUGGCGAACGCAGUUCUUGGAUAGACGACCGUCCGAGUAGGAUGUCGCCGUCUAUCCUCGACUCUCCUCCUCUUCAUCUACCCCCGAUACGAUGCUCAUCGCAGAACAGCGAUUUUGCACCUCGGGAUCUUAGCUGGGAGUUUCACUCGACAGAACCAAGAGGUGCAUCGCCUCUGUUGUUGUCAGAGGGAUUGCACCCCGGCAUCAGCGACGCGUCGAUCCCAAUCUGUCGCCACCCCAAGUCGACGGCGACUUGCGCCGUCUGCUCUGGUCACUCAAAAGUGGGCCACGCGCCAGAUGCAGGAACUUCUAGUUCUCCUCCCGCCGGAGAGCCGUCUCUCCUCACACGUCCUUGGUUUGCUCAAGGGCCUCCACGAAACGAGGACGACCAAUACCCAUCGUCGAGCGACGAGCCGUCUCCUCUUCACUCUCCCGUACGGCGCCCUUCCCCAUUCCGGCUUCAUGCUGCGGACCACAAUCUCCACCACCCACACCCACACUCGGUGAAAGGCAGCCCGAAAGGGCUCUUGGACAGCCCAUGCCUCAGCCACCUCUCCGACAUUAGCUCGAACACGCAGCUGACAUUCGAGUCGAACGCACCGCGCUCACCCAUGAUUUCCGUCCCUAUGGACGUGUUCGUUCGUCUGGUCAACGAGAGUCAAGGGUCCCCUCAUACGCAUGAGGGAUCGCAUCACGACCACUCCUCCCACCCAGCGACGCCCAUACCACUCCCAAUCAUGCAUUCGCCCGCGAGCUCUCAUCGAGGGCUCCAUUCCCCGAGCCCCAGCCUCUCGUUCUCGCACGAGCGCGAGCUCGCCCAGAAGGCUGCGGACACAUAUACCCCGCCCGGAGCGUGCGUCGUCCAGCAAUUCUCCUCCUCAAAGUCACCGAUUUGUCAGAUCACGAUCAGCGCACAGGCGCCGCCUUUUGAGGCGAGUUCGGGGGAGGAGGCGGGGAGCAGUCGGCAUAGCCGGCGUAGCGGUUCGAGGACGAGCACUCCGGAACAUAGUACCGGGAGCCUUCACCGACGGCUUUCACAUGAACACCUGCGCAUUGGAAUGCCUUCCACUCGGCGCACGAGAUCCUCUUCGCCGAAUCAUCUCCGAAGGCGGGCCCAUCAUGUUCUUUCGCCGCUGAGGUCCUCGAUUCUAGAGAGACCCUCUCAGUUGGAGUGGGGGAGAGAUAUAGUAGAAACCUCCACUCCUCCACAACGCGACGUCGUUUCCCUUGCUCCUAGUGCAAUAUAUGAAGUACCCUCCUCCGGGUCGAAGGAUUCAGAUUCGCCGGCUUCGCAACUGGCGCCACUCGACUGGACGAAACACCCCAAGUAUCACUUCAGUGACGGAAGUUUAUUGUGCAGAGUCGGCACGAUGCUAUACAACCUCCAUCGCCACUUCUUUGAUCAGCAUUCCAUUUUCUUCCACCGCUUAUUUUCUUCUGUUAGCAUGGGCAACGAUCAGCCCAUCGUUCUAUAUGAUGUCCAGACCAAGGAUUUUGAUCGUUUCUUAACCAUUUUCUACCCUACACACUAUACCAAACCCGACCUCACAACCGUCGACGAAUGGACCUCCGUCCUCAUCCUCGCCACCAAAUGGGCAUUCGCAGACAUCCGAACGCUCGCCAUCGAGCAGCUCACCACACUCGCUUCCCCCAUCGACAAAGUGGUCCUCGGAACGAAGUACGAGGUGCACCACUGGCUUGUACCGGCGUAUAAGGAGCUGUGCAUGCGCUGGCGCCCGCUGGACGCGGAGGAGAGCGGGAGGUUGGGGACGGAGCGCGUGGCGCAGAUUGGGCUGGUUAGGAGUGAGCUGGAGGCGGGGAUGAUGCGAGAGGUGGAAGUGGAGGAGAGAAUUAGGGCAGUGUUUGGUGUGAAAUUGAGUGUUGAGACCUUGAAGAGCUGUCUUCGCCCAGUCAAUUCGAGAUAUUUCCCCAAGACGACGCGUCUUCUUUGA